ACAUUAUAAAGAAUUGAGUUAAAUGAAUUACCAACAGAAGUUGAAGGUGGUAAACUAUGAUAAUGGAUAAAGGGGAAAUAUUUUAAUUUUGUACUCGAACUUCUAUGAACCCUACGAGUCGCCUCUGGUUUGAGAAUUGUACAAAAUAAAGUACAUAAUACUGUACGGUUUAAAGUUGAAAUUUGUGAAAAAUAGUUGAUCCGGGUGCUGGUGUAACGAUGCCGCAGCACCCGUAAAAUAAAAUUGAAUUUCGGGGAGAUUCGGGGGUUGUACAAAAUUUAAUUUUGGUUGAAUAAAAUUGUACAAAAUAAAGUACAUAAUACUGCUUGAUUACAAUUCAUGACUUCGAAAGUGCGGGUACUGGGGUAACGCACCUUGAUUAUAUCUAUUGUUCGGUCGAUAUCCCGCGCUUUCGAUAACCGAUAACGAUGUGUUUGAAUACACUCGAUAACGUUGCCGACGAUUUUUUCCGUCCGCUCGUGUCCACGUCCGCGAUCAUUUGCGUUUUUGAGAAAAGGAAAUCCAAUUUACACCCCGAUGACAUCAUUUGAAUGCAACGGAGUACUCGUGGACUUCCCCUACGAGCCGUAUGAUGUCCAGAAACGGUACAUGGAAAAGGUUCUAGAAUGCUUGCAGAACGGAAACAACGGUGUAUUGGAGUCUCCGACUGGAACGGGUAAAACUUUGUCAUUGUUGUGUUCCUCGUUGGCCUGGCUCAUGACUAAGAAAGCUGCGAUACAAGCCAAUCGAAUGUGUCCGACAGAGAAUGAUAUUUCCGUGUUGGUCAACACAGCAGCAGGUGUCAACAGAAAUCCGAAUAGCGCUUGGAACGGAGUAAUACGGCCACCCCGUAUUAUUUAUGGCUCUCGAACUCAUACUCAGCUAAAUCAAGUGAUGAAAGAACUUCGUCGAACUAAUUACAGACACAUGAAAGUUGGUAUAAUUGGCUCAAGAGACCAACUAUGUAUCAAUCCUGAAGUAAUGAAAGAAACUAAUUCAUCUGUUAAAAUUGCCUUGUGCCGUGCUAAAGUUAGCGCUCGCACAUGUCAGUUUUACAAUAACGUCGAACUUAAAUCCAAAGAAGCAUUUAUAGAUGAUGGAAUUAUUGAUAUAGAAGAUUUAGUAAAAAAAGGAAAGAAAUUUAACUGCUGUCCAUAUUAUGGUUCUAGAGAACUACAGAAAGAUGUAGACAUUUUAUUCACACCAUAUAAUUACAUUAUUGAUCCAAGGACAAGGAAAGCUUUAGAAAUCCAAUUCAGUGAAGAUGUAAUCAUUCUUGAUGAAGGACAUAAUAUCGAAAAAAUGUGUGAAGAAUCAUGUUCCGUAGAGAUAAGUAGCACUGAUGUAGCAUUUUGCAUUGAUGCUGUAACCGAUAUUAUGAAAACAUUGUAUGAUGAAAAAAAUACAGAAUUUUCUAAAGAACCAAUUCAGUUACGACCAAGAGAAUUUUCUGAUGACGAUAUUUGUGUAUUAAAAGCAUUAUUUUUAGAAAUAGAAAAGGUUAUUGAUGGAAUUGAACUUACCAAUAGUACUAAUGACAAAAAAAUGGAAGGUUCUUAUGUGUUUAAAUUGCUUCAAGGUGCAGAGGUAACACCUGCCAACAUGUCAAAGUUUAUUAGUUUUUUAAAUGCAGUUAUAAUCUAUAUGUCAUCAUCUAACAAUAAUCAACCUCAUCAAUCUAAAGAAGCAAGUUUAUAUAAAUUUCAACAAUUUUUGGAAUGUAUUUUGCAAAGUUUGGGAAGUAACGGAGACCCUAAGAAUACAGACAAAUAUUUUAGAACUUACAUAGAGUUAGAACAAAAUAAAUAUAAAUUAAAAAAUGAUUCCAAAAAGUUAAAGGAAUUUAAAAAAGGCAAAACUGUACAUUUUUGGUGUUUUAGUCCUGGAUUUGGGAUGAGAGAUUUGUUAGAAAGAAAUGUUCAUUGUAUAAUACUUACCAGUGGUACACUGUCUCCUUUAGCUGCUACUAUAACUGAAAUAGGAAUUCCAGUAAAAGUACAGUUACAAAAUGCCCAUGUUAUUAAAAAUGAUCAAGUAUGUGUAUCAGUUAUAAAAAAUGGUCCAAAUAAUAAGCCUCUUGUAUGCAACUACAGUAGCCGAAAUAAUUCUGAUUUCCUCAUAAGUUUGGGUCAAACUCUUGUAAAUUUUUCACGAAUUAUACCUGGAGGUACUUUGGUGUUUUUUCCUUCAUAUCCAUUUUUAGAUAGUUGUGUCAAUUAUUGGCAAGGAUGUAAUAUUUGGGCAUCAAUCACAAAAAAUAAAUCUCUAUUUGUUGAACCAAAAAAUAAGGAUGUAUUGAAUAGUGUAAUUGAAGAAUAUUAUAAAGCAAUUCAAGAAAAUAAGGGAGCCAUGUUAUUAGCAGUUUAUAGAGGAAAAGUAUCUGAAGGUCUCGACUUUUCAGACUGGAAAGCUAGAGCUGUUAUUAUUUUAGGAUUACCAUAUCCUCCUUACUUAGAUCCAAGAGUUGUUAUGAAAAGAGAUUAUUUAAAUGAUAUCCAAAAAGAAAAUCCACAGGGCCUUACUGGCCAAGAAUGGUACAAAUUGGAAGCUAUUAAAGCUGUAAAUCAAGCUAUGGGACGUGUUAUACGACAUAUUGGUGAUUGGGGCUCAAUUAUAUUUUGUGAUGAGCGUUAUGCAAAUAAUAAUAUAAAACUACAGCUUUCUGCUUGGUUGCAACCUCAUAUAAAAAUCUAUGACCAGUUUUCAUUGGCUUUUAGGGAUAAUGUGAAAUUUUUCAAAAAUGCUGGUGCAAUUAUGCCUUCAGUAGUUUUGUUCUCCAAUGCAUCAUUUCAAGAACCUGCUCAAUCAACUGUAUUGCGAUCAUUAGAAUCUGCUAAAAGAAAAGUUAUGGAAGAUGAUACUUUAAAACUUUAUGAAAGCCACUGUAGUAAACUUGCAGACUCAUUAGAAAAAAAAGAGGAAUGUAGUAGCAGUAAAAGUAUUUUAGCAUCUGUUGAUGAUUAUGUUGAAAAUAAAAUAGUUAAUACCAUAGUUGAAAGUCAGUCAUCUAUAACCAAUGUGUCUUGUGACUUAAAACCAUUAGUUAAAAAACGAAAAUUGAAAAUUAUUCCCAAUGAAAUUGAAGAAACAAACACUGUAGUUGCUAAAAACAAAACUAUUAACUUUAUGACAAAAGUACGAAGUGUGCUAAAAGAUAAAGAAAUUUAUUCAAAUUUUGUUUGUCUUGUUAAAAAAUACAUGAUUGAAAGAAAUUGUAAGAAUUUCAUUGAAAGCUUAGACAAGUUAUUUCCUAACAAGACACCUAAUAUUAUAGGUGUUAUAUUAGAUCUCAAUGAUUUUUUUGGUAAAGAAACAAACAGUGAAUUCUCCAGCUAUUGUAUAAAGUUAACUAAACAUUUAUGAAAGAAGUAACAACUAAUAUAUAUAUAUAUUAUUUUAAGCACAUUUAUUAUAGUUAUUUUUAAUGAAAU